UCAACCCAAAGACAUCACGCCCGUCCACAAACUGCGUCAGCGCGACGCAUAUGGACGAAGCGAACAGAUAAUGCUUUAGGCCUAGAAAUUUAAUUUGGGCUUGGAUUUUUAUUUUUCUUUUUCCUAUAAAAGCGUGCUUUCGUGACGCCUCGCUUUGUCUCCGCACGGAACCGCCUCUCCUCGUCCCCUCUCGCUCCGAACCCCUCCUCCUUCAAAGAAUUCAGCUAGUGUUAGGGUUUUGAUCUCUCCUGCGGAUAAUGGAAGGCGUACUGGAUUCCUCGUCUCUAGCUUGCAGACGCCUGGUCGUCCUCUCUGCUCACCUCGCCACCGGCGCCUCCUCCGCCGUUGUCGGUGGCUGUAUCCCGCCGGUUCUGGAGAGAUCGCCCGUCUCCGCCCAGGAUAUCGAGCGGCCUCCGACGAAUCUCGGCGGUUCGUUGACGGUGACCGAUGGGAGAACGGGGAAGAAGUAUGAAAUCAAGGUUUCCGAAGAAGGAACCGUCAGAGCUACCGAUUUCAAGAAGAUUAUGGCAGGUAAAUACGACAAGGGGCUCAAACUCUAUGAUCCAGGUUAUCUCAACACCGCUCCAGUCCGUUCAUCCAUCUGUUAUAUUGAUGGAGAAGAAGGGAUUCUUCGCUACAGAGGCUACCCGAUCGAGGAGUUAGCUGAAAGCAGCACAUUUCUAGAAGUGGCUUAUCUCUUAAUGUAUGGGAACUUGCCUUCUCAAAGCCAGUUGGUAGACUGGGAGUUUACAGUUUCUCAGCAUUCUGCUGUUCCUCAGGGCAUUCUGGAUAUUAUACAGUCAAUGCCUCAUGAUGCACACCCAAUGGGAGUACUUGUCAGCGCAAUGAGUGCACUUUCUGUCUUCCAUCCAGAUGCAAACCCUGCUCUUAGAGGCCAAGAUCUUUAUCGGUCAAAGCAAGUAAGGGACAAGCAAAUUGCAAGGAUACUUGGAAAGGCACCAACAAUUGCAGCUGCUGCCUAUUUACGGAUGGCAGGAAGGCCUCCUGUUCUUCCUUCCAGCAGUCUUUCGUAUUCAGAGAACUUCUUGUACAUGUUGGACUCAUUGGGUAACAGAUCAUAUAAUCCUAACCCUCGACUUGCUCGGGUUCUUGAUAUUCUUUUCAUCCUGCAUGCUGAACAUGAAAUGAACUGCUCCACAGCUGCUGCUAGGCAUCUUGCUUCCAGUGGUGUGGAUGUCUUUACUGCUCUUGCUGGAGCUGUAGGAGCUUUGUAUGGUCCACUUCAUGGUGGGGCAAAUGAGGCUGUUCUUAAAAUGCUAAAUGAAAUCGGAAAAGUUGAAAAUAUUCCACAGUUUAUAGAGGGUGUGAAGAACAGGAAGCAGAAGAUGUCAGGUUUUGGACAUCGUGUGUACAAAAAUUAUGACCCCCGUGCUAAGGUCAUUCGCAAAUUGGCAGAGGAAGUCUUCUCAAUUGUUGGACGUGAUCCUCUAAUUGAGGUAGCUGUUGAGUUAGAGAAAGCUGCGCUGUCAGAUGAGUAUUUUGUUAAGAGGAAGCUUUAUCCUAAUGUUGAUUUUUACUCAGGCCUAAUCUACAGGGCUAUGGGAUUUCCAACAGAGUUCUUUCCUGUUCUGUUUGCUAUCCCUCGUAUGGCCGGCUACUUGGCACACUGGCGAGAAUCACUUGAUGAUCCUGAUACGAAGAUCAUGAGACCACAGCAGGUGUAUACUGGUGUAUGGCUUCGGCAUUAUACACCUGUCAGAGAGCGAUUGAUGUCAAAUGAGGCUGACAAGCUUGGUCAGGUGGCAGUUUCAAAUGCAACAAAGCGGCGGCUGGCUGGGUCUGGUUUGUAACUUAGCCCUGACUUGCAGCAAAUGCUUUAAUAAAAGCAAGCAGGCAAUCCUUUUUACUGUAGUAGCAUUAUAAUGCUAGGGCUGAAGCUGUGUUGUAGCCUGAGACACCGAGCAAUUGUUCUUGGUCAUCACGAGCUCAGAAUAAUGUUAUCAGAAUGAAUAUUAAUAAACAUGUUCAGUUUUUGUGAUGUCGUAGAUGUAAACUGCACUCUCUUUCCCUUUUUGAGUUCCUUUUUAUGAUUUGCAUUCUUUGGGAUUGAAA